CUUGGGGGUCAAUUGGUUUCCUACAUUCUUUUACCUUGUCCCACGCGGCGUUGUUGUCUGGGAAGACGAGGCCCGUAUAUAUCUGGGUUCAAGCGUACUCCACUUCCACGGGUUCAUCUUCAGAAUGCCUGGAACAAUUACGGGAAUUCCGUCCGUUUCUUUAUCCUUCGCGAACAACUUCUGGGGGAAAGAUGAUGCCGGCGUGGGUCCUAUGAUGGAACGCAUGCACAAUGCGAAAGCAACAUGCGAUGAACUCAAGUCGUUCUAUAGUACUCGCGCCGCCAUUGAAGAUGAAUAUGCUCGGAAAUUGCUGGCGCUAUGCAGGAAGCCAUUGGGCUCUUGUGAAUCAGGUACCCUCCGUGCUUCGCUCGAUACAAUGAGAGGAGAGACGGAGGCGAUAGCGAAGACCCAUAGUACUAUUGCAUCGCAGAUGAAAAGCGAGCUAGAAGAACCUCUUGCUGCGUUUGCAGGGGGGAUGAAGGAAAGAAGAAAAAUUGUGCAAUAUGGCAUUGAAAAGUUAUUGAAGACCAAAAUACAUCAACUCCAUGCGGUCAACAAGUCAAGAGAUCGAUAUGAACAAGACUGUCUCCGUAUUAAAGGAUAUUUGGCCCAAGGACAUAUGGUUAUGGGUCAAGAAGAACGGAAAAACAAAGCAAAACUGGAGAAAACCCAGAUACAACUAGCCUCAAAUAGUAGUGAAUAUGAGGCCGCCGUGAAGAUCCUGGAAGAGACAACGGGCCGCUGGAAUAAGGAGUGGAAGGCUGCUUGUGAUAAAUUCCAAGAUCUUGAGGAGGAGCGGCUGGAUUUUACGAAGAGUAGUCUUUGGACCUAUGCAAAUAUAGCAUCUACUGCUUGUGUGAGCGAUGAUGCGUCUUGCGAGAAAAUACGAGUUUCUUUAGAGAACUGCGAAGUCGAAAAAGAUAUCAGCAUGUUCAUUAAGGAGAAAGGUACCGGUCAAGAGAUACCUGACCCUCCAAGAUACAUUAAUUUUUGCCGUGGGGAUCUAAACGACACAAGCUCGGAGACAUCAGAGGAAGACGGUUAUUCGGUUGCCCAAUUUCAACGCACAAUCAAUCCUGCUUUUAGAAGCUCUUCUCCACAACCUUCCACCUACGAGUCCCAUCAUGACCCGGAUUCUGACCUUGCAAGGAGAAUGGGCCACGGAGACUCUGGAACCCCGUCCAGUCGAGAAACAACAGUGACUCCACAAAAGCCUGUACAGUCCGUUCAACAUCAACAAUCGAUAAACCCACCUCAGCCAGCUGAGCCAGCUCAGCCAGUUCAAUCCGUUCAACCAAUUCAACCGAUUCAACAAGUUCAGCCAGUUCAGCCAGCUCAGCCAGUUCAGCCAGUUCAGCCAGCUCAGCCAGUUCAUUCAAUGCCGCCAGUGCAACCGUUGCAACCGGUGCACGCAGUUCACUCAGCGCAGCAAGUGCAGCAAACACAUCAGGCGCACCGGGGACAUCAAGCACAACAAGCACAACAAGCACAUCAAGAACACCAAGUACAGCAGACACAUCAAGUACGGCAAGGACACCCAGUACAGCAGGCACAUCAGGAACACCAAGAACAGCAGGCACGUCAAGUACGGCAAAUACAGCGAAUACAUCAGGCAGAACAGUCACCGCGAUCACAGAGGGUGCAGAGAGCACAGCCAAUGCAACCAGUCCAGCCAGUAGAACAUCCUCCACCCAUGGAUCUCAGGCGUGGAAAUAACCUUCCUCCAAACUACGAACCAAGCCAGCAUGGAGAUAUCCCAACAAUCCCCCAUAAUGAAUACCCUACGGAUGGCAUGACAAUGUUCUGUCGAACGGGCCCCCCAUCAGAGAGGAGUUCCACUAUCAGCGCUAACCGCCCCUCUAGCCGGGAUUCGCAGUCACAUAGUGAUAUCUCAAAUCCAACUUCUUUCUCGAGCAUUGAACCGCCCAGCGGGAAACAAUCCCCAACAAAGCCUGUCAAUGGUGUUCCAAUGCCAGGCAUGACAAAUGCAAAACAGCAAGUUCAAAAAAAAAGGAGUGCCUUCUUUAGCAAUAGUCCGUUCAGGAGAAAAAGCAAACACGAGAAAGAACGCCAGAACUCUCAGCUAGCUGCUCCAACACAGCCAAGUCGCAAUACGUGGGCGAGUUCAAGACAAACAAAGGCUGCAAGCCAAAUAUAUCAACGACAGCCAGUUUUGGACCCCGAACCUCGAACCGCAAGCCCAGAACCAGUGGACCCUCGUGCCAAUUUCCAACUCAAUGUUGGGAAUAACGUCUUUGAUGUUGCGUCACCAGAGUCUACGGCAAGACGAGGCUCCCAGGCUGCCACAAACAAGGACAGUGGCCUGGACCCCAUUGCUCAGGCCCUUGCGGAACUGAAGGGUGUCGGGAAGCAGUCUUCCGUUCGAGUUUCGGCUGACCGAUACCAUGGAGUAUCGUCUCCAGCUGCCGCUGUCACCGAACCCACCCAACCUCCAGCUCCGAUACAGGAUAGUAGCAAAGCUAGUGCAAAACGCGGCACACCCCCACCAGCUUACAAUGCUACAGCACCAGUUAAAUGGCUGGAUGCACCUCGACCAGCUUUUACGUCGGCCCAGAUGCAAAAAACGACCCAGAAGUACGUAGGACAGACACAGAGCUUAUUCAGCAGCUCCACCCGGUCACAGCAGAAUACAGCCCCUGUUCAAAACACCCAGCAGACUAAACCGGCCUCUCGGGCCGCAUCCCCUGCGCCUAGACGAAGUGCCAGCCCUCAGCCAAUGGCUAGCACAGAACGCCGUCAAUCCCCAUACAGCAUCAGCAAGCCCACUCCAAGUUCAUAUCAAUCGAGCAGCGUGAACAGCCGAUAUCGACAGUCACCUAGUACCACUCCCACAAAGCCCAUGGUGGAGCGUGAGUACUCUCCGCAACCGCGCCCACAACGAGCGUCUCCCAGCCCUGCGCCCCGUGCAUCACCCAAAAUUGCUCCACGUGCUUCUCCAUGCGUUGUACAUCGUGCUGUCUCUCCUCAGCCGCAAUUUACGAGGCCUGAACGCCCUGCUAGCUCGAGUGGUAUGGAGCUUCAGCUUUCCACCACUCAAAUGGAAAUGCAUGCCGGAGGUCAUAUGGGAGGAGAGUAUGGAGGGCAUUCCCGAUCCUACAGCCACAUGGAGAACACGCACCGUCCCAUGAGCACGUACUACGGUUCAGCGUCCGAUGUCGGGUCUAGUGUUCAGCCGUACCGUAGUAGAAGCAGAAGUAUAGCAGCACCCGACGGAAGACCGUUAAGUAGAGACGGUCGUCCAGUUUUACAUUUUGCACGAGCGAUGUAUAGCUAUACCGCUGCGAUCCCCGAAGAGCUAGGUUUUAUGAAGGGUGAUAUUCUUGCUGUACUCCGCCAUCAGGAUGAUGGUUGGUGGGAGGCGGAAGUUACUGGAAACCCGACUCCUCCUGGACUCGUACCAAGCAAUUACUUGCAACGCUGUUAGACGAUGUUCAUGAUGCCGAUGAUGAUUCUCUGCGCUUCGCAUGUACAGAUAUGACUUUCUAGUGGUUAUGAUUCUUUGGCAAGCCUGGUGUCGUGCUUUGGAAUUUUUGAGACUUUCAGCGUUUCUGGAUUUGAUUUUAGGGGCUACCAUUUCGUUUCCAUGUCGAGUCAAAUUUGCAUUCUCUUUUGUCAUCUGGUAUCUUGUUUCCUUUUUGCCUUCUCACGACCUUCUCUGGUUUCCAUACCCGUGCUCUCUUGCUAAACUGUCACUUUCAAUUGUUUCCUGCAUAAGCUAAUUGAUAUCUACCCCUUCACCAUGUGAUAUUGACCAUCAGCCUUUCUUCUGUUUGAAAAUGCUUUUUAGCCUUCUUUGUGUUUUGUCUAUCAAUAUUACACAGUGAUGUUUAAUGAGAAAUGGUACAUAUGGAACUCAUUAACUUUUUGAGCC